AAAAUCCCCUGACCAAGCACUUUUCGCUGAACUGCUGAACUAAUUCUUUGACCCAAAUUCUUAUAAAAAGCUAGAUUUACAGGUAAAUCUCGACAAUUAAAAUUUGCAGACUAAGCUAAGCUGAUUCACCGCGAGAUGCACAUUAGACUACAGAUUUUAGUGGUAGUCACGUUAGCGCUUACAAUUUUCACUGGCUCGACAUACGGAGGAUGCUCUUGUGGUGCCUCGUCAACGACGGGUGUCUGCGGCUGCCAGGAAAGGAUACCUCGCCCAUAUCCGCGAGCUAAACCUGUAGACCCGAAGCUCUUGCCAAUUGGAGAUACCUGCUCUUGCGGUCAUACCAUUGUGCAGCCCGCCAUCCCACCGAAGCCACUAUGUAGUAGCAUUAGCCUAGAGCCACCGCAACAACUGGGCUGCCAGGAGAAAACUAUGCGUGCCCCCGAAUCUUAUCAAGGCCCACACGUGAACCCAAACUUGGUGUAUGGAAGCAAGCACAAGCCAGAAUACAAGCCUCUUCCUGCUGACGCAGUAAGUUUGAGCUUGGCGUAUCAACUGGCACGAAGCUUGAGGCGUCCUGUUCCCGAAGACAAACUUCAAUACGGAUUUCGCGUCCAACCAUUGAAUGGGGUUGUCAAGAAAAUUAAGGCCAACGUUCCAGAAGAACGCCUGCUGGGCUUGAAUCGGGCAAUCGUUGAGCUUAAAGCCGCUGCCAUUUCAGAACAUCACGAAGACGACGACGAUGAUAUUGAAGCCGCACAGCAGGAGGCACGUUCGCCAGGAUACCUCACCUAUGGAGAUAUUGGGUACUGUCCGGAGAAGUAUCCCAGCAAGACAUUCAAUAUCAGGGUUCCAUCACUGCCACUGGAUUCACUUUGUGCUGAUCUCCCAGCCAAGCCGGAUCCGCUUUGUGGUUACAGACCCGGGAAGAUCACUAUUAACGAACCCGAACAUGAUCGUUAUGGCCACGGUAUUGAAGAUUGUUUGGAGGGAAACCCAUGAGAAAGUUAGUUUUGUUCGGUAGUUAAGAUAGUCAAAUUGUGAUAAGACUUGCACACGUUCUCAGCUUAGA